GCCGCGUUCACAUUGUGUAUCCAGUGUGUGAGCGAGACCGACCAUUCAUCAUCACAGUUGAUUCAAAUCCUACCCAGACGCUGACUAAUCCAGAGCUACAGCCAUGGCCUCGGGGGUGAAAGUCACAGAUGAAGUUAUCGCAGUCUUCAACGACAUGAAGGUGCGUAAGGCUCAGCCGACUGAGGAAGAGAAGAAGAAGAGAAAGAAGGCCAUUCUGUUCUGCUUGAGUGCCGACCUCAAGAAUAUUGUUCUGGACGAGGGCAAAGAGAUCCUUCUGGGUGACUUGGUAAACAUCUCGGACCCAUUCGGGCACUUUGUUGGGAUGCUGCCCCCAAAAGACUGUCGCUACGCUCUGUAUGACGCCAACUUUGAGACCAAAGAAACAAAGAAGGAGGACUUGGUCUUUAUCUUCUGGGCUCCAGAGGACGCUCCCCUGAAGAGCAAGAUGAUCUAUGCCAGCUCAAAAGAUGCCAUCAAGAGAAAAUUCCAAGGUAUUAAGCACGAGUGGCAGGUGAAUGGUUUGGAAGACCUUAAAGACCAGAAGACUCUGGCAGAAAAGCUUGGUGGCUCAUCAGUAAUCACCCUGGAAGGAAAACCUGUAUAAAUCCCUCUCCCCUUUCUCCUCUCUGGCUACGAUCGAGGCCUUUCAGGCACAUCUGUUGGGUUUUGCUGUUCAUUCCGGUGUGGUUUGGAGACGGGCAGAACCUAAACCAUUUACGUGACUCUCAGGGUGGGAUAUUGUGGGUGGGUUUGGGGUCAAAUGACAGUUAAAAAAUAAAAUAACGAAAAAAGAAAUUCCACUUCACGCAACAUAAAGAAUAUCAACAAAACACACAAAGGAAAAUAUUAAGAUACAGCUGAAAGAUGAGGAUGAUGAUAGAACUUAAAUACACACACUGUUCAUGUUUGAAGACGGGGUUUUGUUCUUUUCCAGGUUCCAUUUGAAUGAUUGCAGAGAAAGGGACAGACGAUAACCGGUUUAGUUUUCCAACUGUUAAAUCCCGACUUAUAAUCGUUCCAACUACAUUUUUUUUUUGCCAAACUUCUAGUUAAGUUUUGUAAGUGUGUGUAGUUGAGACUAGUUAUAGUAUGAACUAAUUCAUAAGAUCUAUUAAAUCCUUCUCUGGGGGGAACAUGGUUAAAUAUAUAUUUCGUUCUUUUUGUUUUGUUUUUGUAUUUGUUUCUUUUUCUUCGAACAGGCAAAAUUUGAGUGAUUUCCUUUUUAAUUUCCAGUUCUCGGUCAGAUAACCAUGGCAUUUGAAUAAGUUAACAGACAACAUUCCUUGUACUUGUUAAAACCAGGAUCUCCUUGAAUUAAAAUCUCUGGUGUUAUAAGGGUCUGAUGGGAGCGAUGUGUAUAUGAAGGAGCAGCGGUCAGAGUUUAGACUGAAUAUUGAAUGGUGGCUGUUUUGUAUCGUCUCCUUAUCUCUAAUAAAAAGCACUAAACUACUGA